ACCAAUCUGGUUCAAGAGCCAUUGCGUCGGUGUCUAAGGUGGCGGGGUGGAGGACUCCGUGCGAAGUGCGGGAGGACCUUAGACGAAACAGUCGGGUUCUAUAUGCGGGUGGGUGGGUUGUCGGUUCUAAGAAUAUCGACCAGCUUUCUUGGAGGGAAGCAUAUCACCACUUGAUGCCGACGUACGCGUUACUUUGGAAUCUACUGAUCAAUGUUGUCUCAUCUUGGUUUUUCGUUCUCCAGAGUCGUCAUUUUUCUUAUGCGUUUCUGAAAUCUCUCUCCAGUUCCUUUUCGUUCAAUUUAUUAUGGCGGGUUUAAAGAAGGCUGUGCCUUUCACAUUGCUGAUUGCUUCAACUGUCCUUGCUUUUGACUGCUCCAAACCGCCUAUCUACGUGGAUAUCCACAAGCGUGCUGUCCGCGGGACGAACAUCCUCCAGUAUGGGUCGUUCAUAGGGUUCGGGACGCCAUCACAGAACCAGAGCCUCUUCCCAUCAUUACGGCAGAACGAAACUUCAGUUGCCUCCGGCGACUUCUGCGGGAGAAGUCAGCUGCGGAAUUGCGAAGGCGAGACUCAUGGCACCUUUGAUGCGUCGUUCUCGAGAUCAUGGAUAGAAGACAAGACAUAUCGUUCGCUAGACAGUUCUCAGCUGUCUAACGCCAGCACGUUUGGGACCGAUUCUGGCCAUCUAUAUACCCACUUUUUCGAAACCAAUCCUGCUACCGUGAACACCGUGGACAAUUUUUCACUGGAGGUGGUAUCAUCCAGUUCGUCAAACCCUGGUGUAAUCGGGUUCGGAGCGGCGUCGACUCUGCUGCAGAAGAUAUACGCUGCCGGUCUGAUCGCUGGGAGGACUUAUUCAUUAUACAUUGGCGCCGGCAUGGACCGGGCUGGUGGCGUCGUGAACGGCUCGAACACAUUCGGCGGAUUCGACAGCGGUCGGUUUACCGGUCCUGUAUUCACCAACCAGAUUGACACUUCAUCAGCGGACCCCCUUGCGGUCACGGUGACGGAUAUCAUCCUCGACGACCCAACUGGGCUGACGCGCAACGUGUCCCUGAUGGAUUCGGUGCGAUUCCCUAAUAUUAGCAGCGUGGCUCAGGGGUUCACGGCUCGGAUCACCACGGACCAAUAUCCCAUGACAUUUCCUCCACAGAUCACAGAGAAUUUCAUGUCCCUUCUCACGGCAGUUGAGACGGACCCUAACGAGGUGCCGGAUCACUCAUUACGGAUCACCAAAUCAUUUGCCGGCACGAUGACCAUUGUUCUGUCUGAUGGCUUCCGGGUGACUCUUCCACCGGAGAUGGUUUCCAACUCUACCGGACUCUCUCCAGUGGCGUCGGGAAACUUCAACUGGAACGGUAGCCCAAUGGAAGAAAACAUCUUUUACCUUGGCGCUUCAUGGCUUAGCCAAGUCUACCUGAUGAUCGACUAUGAAGCCUACAACUUCCACCUCGCUCAAGCCGUCGUGGAAAACAAAUACGUGAUGCCGACAACCUGGUGCCCGAAGUCCAUCCCCGUCGCAAAGUCUGCUGAGUCGGAAUCCGACUUUGGAGCAAACGGACUCGUUGGCGCGGUUCUCGGAGGGGUAAUAGGUGGCAUUGCCUUCAUUGCUUGCUGCGUCAUUGGCAUCCUCUAUCUCCUGCGAUAUCGAACGGUGAAGAAGAUGGAAAGACUCGAGGCAGAGGAGGGGAUGAAGAAGCGGCAAUAUCAGGACAUGGAAGACGGGAGUUCGAGUGACGGAUCUGUUAAAGGACCUUCAAGAGACCACUCUACAGAAAGGAUACAUCCACGGGGCGUGUUUGGCGCUUGGCGAAAAUAGUUUGGGGUUUGGCUAAUGGAUCGAGGAUUUGAGGAUGGAGUAUUUCGGAGUUCAAGGAGGAAGAUAUCCGAUCGCAUAGCUCCAAAUAAUUUACAUAUUUUGGUUAAUAUUUCUUUGAUGCCCUGAUGGUCUCUUCGCUUGAGCAAGUUGUUCCACUGAGACAGGGAUUCAUGCCUUGUUGCCUUAUGGUCCUUCCUGUUCCAGUUCUAGUUCCUGUUCCAGUUCCGUUCCUGUUCCAGUUCCUGUUCCAGUUCCGGUUCACUGUCAGAAUCCUGUCCAUCAGA